UAACAAAUAUGUUAAAAAUUAUUCCGUAUUGUGUAAACAGAUUAAUACAUAAUUGAUGAACGAUUGAGGUUAGAUCAGCGGAGAGCAAUUUUCAUUAGUAUUAGGCAUGAGAGUGAAUGAGAAAAAUAUGGUAGCGUUUGCUACUUCUGCCACACCAGUAGACCGUGAAGGAUGGUUAAAUAAACGUGGGGAAGUAAAUCGUGGGUAUCAGAGACGAUGGUUUGUUCUUAAGGGUAAUAUUCUCUUUUACUUCGACCGACGAGGUGACAAAGAACCGGUUGGUAUGAUAGUUCUCGAAGGGUGCACUAUCGAGCUGGCAGAGGACGAAGAACAAUUUGGCUUUAAGAUUGUUUUCCAUGGCCCAAAUAAUAGAAGCUAUGCUCUCGGCGCAGAAUCGCAGGAAUCGAUGGAACAAUGGAUGAAAGCUUUAGCUUGUGCUAGUUAUGAUUACAUGAAAUUAAUGGUCGCGGAACUGCAACGUCAGUUAGAUGCAGCAGAAGAGGAAACGGUAACGGUAACACCACCACCAGAGUCUCCGAAAGCACCACCGAGGCAGCGGCAUAAUCCAUUCAAUAGACCCGAGUCGCACCAUCGAUCGCAAAGCGUCAGAUCAGCACCUGGCAGAACAGAGAACAUCCCUCGAACAAGAGUGUCCUUUCGAGAAUUACAUACUGCAUAUGGAAGAAAGGUACUAGCUGAUCUUAAUGAAUGGAGACAUGCCAAAAGAAAUGCGGAAGCACCUUUAAUUACUCUGUGAAUCAUACCUGCUGUAAGCAUUGUAAAUAUUGCUAUUGACUUCCAUUAAUUAGCAUUGUAUCAUAUUAAAUUAUAUCAUAUUUUACAAAGUGGUAGGAUGGUAGGAUGGUUUUUAUCUUUAUCGUAGCGAUAAUCAUACAAAACACUAAAUGAAAUGUAUAGAUUGAAAUAAGUUAUAAUACGUGUUUUAAUGGAUCCUUUUGCGUACAUCUAAAAUAAAUAAAUUGACAGCCUGCUGUAAUAUAGUUACAAUGAUUAAAUUAUAUACAAAGAAA